ACGGAGGCGUCCUGGAGGCCCCAGCCGGCUGUGUGAGUAGGUACUUGUAUGACAAGAGGCAUGAGCUGGGUCCAGGCCAUCCUGCAGGCCCGAAGCCUCCCUCGGGGCUGGGGGGGCAUCUGCAGGGCCGCCCUCACAGGAGCCCCCAGCUCUCAGGUGCCUUCCCACCCCCCACGGGACCUCCACUGCAGCUCAGCCGCCCACAACACCGAACUGUCGCUGGUUCCAGGCCCUCCUGAGCCCCAGCGUAGACCCAUCAGGGCCCUGGCGCCCCACGAGGAACUGUUCAAGCAGGCGCCUGGUGGGGAGCGGGACAAGGCGAGCUUCGUGCAGGCCGUGCAGAGCUUUGGGCAGUACAAUGUGCACAAGCGGGGCCACGUGGACUUCAUUUACCUGGCUCUGCGCAAGAUGCGGGAGUAUGGCGUGGAGCGCGACCUGGCGGUGUACAACCUGCUGCUCGACGUCUUCCCCAAGGAGGUCUUCCGGCCUCGCAACAUCAUCCAGCGUAUUUUCAUCCACUACCCACGGCAGCAGGAAUGUGGGGUUGCUGUCCUUGAGCAGAUGGAAAACCAUGGGGUGAUGCCCAACAAGGAGACAGAGUUCCUGCUGGUUCAGAUAUUUGGACGCAAAAGCUACCCCAUGCUCAAGUUCCUGCGCAUGAAGCUGUGGUUCUCACGCUUCAAGAACAUCAACCCCUUCCCUGUGCCCCGGGACCUGCCCCAGGACCCUGUGGACCUGGCCAGGCUGGGCUUGCGGCACAUUGAGCCUGACCUCAGCGCCAGAGUCACCGUCUACCAGAUUCCUUGGUCCAAAGACUCUACAGGGGCAGCAGAUCCCACCAAGCCCCACAUCGUAGGAAUCCAGAGUCCUGAUCAGCAGGCUGCCCUGGCCCACCACAACCCAGCCCGACCUAUCUUUGUCGAGGGCCCCUUCUCCCUGUGGCUCCGCGGCAAGUGUGUCUAUUAUCACAUCCUCAGAGCUGACUUGCUGCCCCCUGAGGAGCGGGAAGCAGAAGAGAUUCCAGAGGAGUGGAACCUCUACUACCCAAUGCAGCUGGACCUUGAGUAUGGGAGGAGCGGCUGGGACGACUAUGAGUUUGACAUCGAUGAAGUGGAGGAAGGCCCUGUCUUUGCCAUGUGCAUGGCCGGCGCCCACGACCAGGCAACGCUGGCCAAAUGGAUCCAGGGCCUGCAGGAGACCAACCCAGUCCUGGCCCACAUCCCGGUGGUCUUCCGCCUAGCCGGGUCCACCGGGGAGCUCCUGGCGUCCUCCGCAAGUCUGGAGGAGCCGCCACCACCCGAGGGCCAGGAAGAGGGGGAAGACAAUCUGCAGCGACAGCAGCAGAGCCAGAGUUGAGUCUGCGCGGGCACGAGGGCUUGAGCUGUGGCCUGAGGCCGUGGGCUGGCGGGAGCUUGAGAUGACUUUUGAGUAUACAGCAAAUAAAAGUUGUCCCGCUUGGGGCUGCCGUCCUUC